UAUUUAAAGUUGAGAAACUCACAUAUAGUAGUGCAUAUUUAAAAAUGUUGACUUACUACAUGGUAUUAUGUUUCGCUUUUGUAUAUGAAGCGUCCUCGACCCACUUCACCACAUGUCCGGACAGCUGGGUUCCCUAUCAUGACUCAUGCUACUAUUUCCACUAUGACUCCCUGGAUUUCAUCACUGCCGAGCAUUACUGUACGCAACACAACAGUCAUCUCGUCCAUAUAGACGACGCAGCUGAAAAUGCUUUCAUCAAAAACAGGAUCGAACAUAUUUCACCCAAGACCAGCUGGUGGAUUGGUCUCACAGAUGAGCAGAUUGAAGGCGUGUACAAAUGGGUAGACAUUGAUGAAGAAAUGCUACCAGGGGCUUUCACAGACUGGGCACCGGGACAGCCUGAUGAUUAUCACCAUUUGGAAGAUUGUGGAUUAAUGAUGCACGGCAACUGGUCCGGCAUACUUUGGCUCUGGAACGACGCCAGGUGUGAUGCAAAGUUUCCUGCUAUAUGUGAGCUGAGGGAUGGCCAAUCGGAGAUAGUCGGGUAACUCAAUAACGGCGAAUAACAGGCAGUGAUUCCACGUACCGAGAACGAGACUAAAUAUUGGUCAUUUGAGUUGUUCACCUCAUUCAUUCUUAUAACUGAAAAUAAAUUGUUCUUGUUUA